AUGCUCAAGAACUCCAACUACAUUUUUCGCCAUGAACUGCAAUUGCUGAUUCCAUCAUGCCCCUCGCCGCCACUCUUCUCUCGGCUUCAUUCCGCGCAGCAUCUCCAUAGAUACUAUAGACUUUACGCCACGGCUCAUGGCUUCCCCGAACAAGACCUGUCCUGGCCGUCUUCCUCCUCGUUCACCCCUUAUGAUGUGUUCAAACAGGAUCGAAAGGCUCCGUACUCCAAGUCCCGGUUCUACGAGCUAGUCAAGAUCUACCAUCCCGAUCGGCCGUGUCAUGACCAUCCGUUGUGCAAAGACAUCGCUCCCGAAGUGAGACUGCAGCGGUAUCGUUUAGUCGUUGCUGCUCACGAGAUCCUCUCCGACCCGGCCAGACGAGCUGCGUAUGACCUCUCCGGCGAAGGUUGGGUUCUUCACCCUCAUCGCAACCAAGGCCCGACUCCCUCCUGGGCGCGAUCCGGAUCCAGUGACUAUGGUCCCAUUCAUACAAAUGCCACCUGGGAAGAUUGGGAACGAUGGCGCAAUCGUCACAAGGGAAAGCAGCAACACAUGGUGGACAACCGCACCUUCACCACUUUCAUUGUCCUGCUCACGCUCCUCGGAGGUGCCAUGCAGGCCUCUUACAUCACUCGGUUCAGUUCGGGCUACGAGUCCCGGCUUCAAGAGAUCAAUAAUGAGUCUACCCGAUUCUUGACGGGGCGGCGGGAGAAUACCGUCAACCAAAUGGCCUCAAAUGAGGCUAAAGUCCAGCACUUUCUCAUCCGCCGGGACCCGUCCGGUUAUGGGUUGAAGGAGGAAGAACAGCCCGUUUAUCAGACAUUGUUGAAUCCUCGCACCUCUUCCGAUUCCGAGGCUGAGAUCGAGACUAUGGCUGCCAAAGGCCAAGGGCAACCAAAUCGGAAUGAACAUGAAGACAAGUCCAAAACUGGACCUUGGCCUCCUGCCCCUGAACCCACUCAGAAGGGGGAAGCUACAAACAUGCAGUAA